GAACCUAACUAACUACACCUGGUUCGAGGCUAGCCCUGAACACGAUCUGGCAGGAUCUGGUCGCUCGCUCGCUCGCUCCCCGCGGGAAGAGCUGGGAAGAGCGGCCAGACUCCAGAUUCAUCACCCAAAUGUGUUUCUUCCACCGUGGCUGCGAGUAAGUAACCAGACUCUGGGCAGUUGACGACGAAACAGUACCGUCGACGGCGACGUUUCGAAUGCGUCGAGGCCGCCCUGCUGGCUCCCGGUUUCGACGUGUUUGGACAAAGGAAAAAUUACUAGCUUGCGGCGAGCUGGGUCCCUGGGAUAACGUUGUGCGGUCACGACUACGGGUGACAUAUUUUGAGUCGUGACCACGCGAACGCUGAAAUAACAGCAACGUGCAGAGGUAAACAGCCGCCCGAACGGCCAGAAAAGCCUUCGCCUGCCUUCGCCCGCGCGCUUUGGGAUGUCGGAGGAGAGGAGGCGUAAAUAUUGUAGGCUAGGUGGCGCAAGCUGUCACCUAAUAAUAAAAAAAAAUACAGCAAGCAAACUAAUUGCAAUUUAUCUAUACAACUUCAUAAAUUAGUGCAAGAAGGUUGGAUUAGUGCGAUAAGAAUUUAUUGUGAUAUAAAAUUAUCCCUACCCAUAAAAAUCAGUAGCGACUCUGAUAACUCCGUGCGAAUAGAGGAUCAGAUAGCGAUCGUUCUGACCAGCUGACCAGUGCUGACCUCUGGUGAUAACAUCUUGCCACGCGUGCUCCUCUGAGGCACCGACUGGAGCAAGGCGGCGGCUGCAUUUUAUUUCAUCCAUUGAAGCAGUUCGCCGGUAAAAAAAAUGGUAUUAGAUCUAGAAUUAUUCCGGGCGGACAAAGGCGGGGACCCCGAGAAAAUUCGGGAGAACCAAAGGAGGCGAUUUAAGGAUCCAGGACUCGUGGACAAAGUCGUUGACGCCGACACAGUUUGGAGAAAACUACGGCAUCAGCUGGACAACUGGAACAAGCUGAAGAACCUAUGCAGCAAAGAGAUUGGCCAGAAAAUGAAGAAAAAGGAAGAUGUCGGCGAAGGAGAUAACCUACCAGACAGCGUUGUGCAGGGGCUGAGUGAACUGACCUCCGAAGUACUUCAGGGUUUAACUGUGAACCAGAUCAAGCGAGUGCGUGUCUUGAUCGACGAAGCGAUCGUCCAGUGCAACGAGGAUCUCGAAAAACACGAGGGCGUCCGGAACGAUGCGCUGCGGGAAAUGGGCAACUGGCUUCAUGAAUCGUGCGUCGUCUCAAACGACGAGGAAGAAAAUGCCGUGAUCAAGACUCACGGUGACGUGGUGACCCGUAAGAAGUAUUCACACGUCGAUUUGAUUGUCAUGAUCGACGGCAUGGACGGCGACCGGGGAUCAGUCACGGCCGGGGGGAGGGGCUACUACCUAAUGAAUGCGGCAGUGUUCCUGGAGCAGGCCUUGCUCCAGCUGGCACUCCAGAUGCUCCAUGGGAAGGGCUACUCCCCGCUCUACACCCCAUUCUUCAUGCGCAAGGAGGUGAUGCAGGAGGUGGCACAACUCUCGCAGUUUGAUGAAGAACUCUACAAGGUGGUGGGCAAAGGUGGCGACGGCGGGGUGGACGAGAAGUACCUGAUUGCCACCUCGGAGCAGCCCAUCGCAGCCUUCCAUCGGGACGAGUGGCUGUCCCCCGAAGCGCUGCCCCUCCGCUAUGCGGGGCUCUCCUCCUGCUUCCGCCAGGAGGUGGGCUCCCACGGCAGGGACACCCGCGGCAUCUUCCGCGUGCACCAGUUCGAGAAGGUGGAGCAGUUCUGCAUCACCUCGCCCCACGACAACAAGUCGUGGGAGAUGUUCGACGAGAUGAUCGGCAACGCGGAGGAGUUCUGCCAGAAGCUGGGCAUCCCCUACCGCGUCGUGAGCAUCGUCUCGGGGGCCCUGAACAAUGCGGCGGCCAAGAAGCACGACCUCGAGGCCUGGUUCCCGGCAUCUGGCGCUUUCCGGGAGCUGGUGUCAUGCUCCAACUGCCUGGACUACCAGUCACGCCGCCUCCUCAUUCGCUACGGCCAGACCAAGAAGAUGAAUGCGCAGACGGAGUAUGUGCACAUGCUGAAUGCGACCAUGUGCGCCGUCACCCGGGUCAUCUGCGCCAUCCUGGAGAACCACCAGACGGAGACAGGCGUGGUGGUGCCCGAGGCGCUACGUCCAUUCAUGCCACCCGCCUUCAGGGAGCUGAUUCCGUUUGUGAAACCUGCACCAGUGGAUGAGGCGGAGACCAAGAAGCAGCGGAAGCAUCGCGAGGGCAUGGAGAAGAAGGACGAGCCUGCGAGCAAAGAACAAUAGUCCCCUUCCUCGACCCUUUGUGGUCCGACCUUUUUAAGUUAAUAAAGCUGCCUUCGGUCGACGGCGAUUAUAA